AUGAGGUCCGACCCGCUUCAUUGUCUGCUGGACGAACCAGACGAAAAAAUUGAGCUUCUUGGCCAAGUCGAAAGCUUUGGUGUAAACCCGUCUAUAAAAUGGGGUCGACUGAAAACACAAUGCGUGCUUCCGACGACGGAAGGAAGCAUCACCACCAGACAGCAACCGGAAUCGUCUAACACCAUCAUGUGUGCCCAAGGUCGUGCCGCAUGGCUGGAACGCGGUAGACGGUGCAGCGUACAAGAAACACCCGCCUCCUGCCAUCGACGAUGGGUCAAACGCAAUCGGAUACAAGACUCAUCGUUGGGUGGCUCCUCGGACGAUGAAGACUUACUCGGUGUGCUGCGAGGCCCCAGUUCAUUCGCCAAUGCCUUCCUUUACGUAGGUUUAGGUACGAUAGCAAUUGGAUUAGUUAUAGCAUUCGUCGGUACCGGCGAGAAAGGAUUCAAAACGGUUGAACUAAGACUUAUCGGACCAUCGUUAAUCGGUCUCGGCUUAUUUUGUUGUAUAUUGCGUAUUCUGUUUUGUAUAUGCCCGUCACACUGUUUAUCAUCUAGUCGUAGAGCACGGAAUAAGAAAAACGCUAAGAUAGACGCCGACCAUCGGACUUCCCUGCUACGUGGCGACAGCAAGCGAGUAUCGAUAGCACGCGGACCUCACAUACCGACAAAGCAGCCGCAAAUCUAUCCUAAGUCGAUUGUGAAAACUAAAACGUACGAGGGCGUGGAAGCACUACGACAGAUAGCAACCACCUCACUGUUUCUUCAAAACGAACAAAAAGUUUCAUCCAACCGCAUUGUUCCUAUAAUAAAGGAGCCAGAUAAAACAGAAGAACCACCUUUAGAGCUGAAGAAAAUAACUUCCCUCAAGGCUGACACGCUUAGUGUGAUAGACAUCGUUAGUUUAUCAGACGGCGAGGAUAAUGACGAUGACGCCCGCAGUCAUAAACAUCGUCCGCAUGAUGUCGCAGAUGCAGGUGUGUCCGACACCCAGGUGAUAGAUCUUACAGGGGAAGACGAACAACCACGUUCCGCAGAUUCGCACCACCAGCGGAAAGACAGUAAACUCCGACGUCAACGCACUUCAGUCAACCAACAGAAACCGAAGGAUGGAGUAGCAACAGAAUCUUCGAUGUCUUCGCUGUCCCCAGGUAGUGGUGCUGCAGUAGCAGGUGGUGGUUUAUUGAUGGAAACUUCACUUAUGAUCGUCGGUCCGACGCCAGUUAGCACACCAAUUAAAUCAGAACCACAAUCAACGCUCGCGGUGCCGAUAACUGCGUCACUAAACGCAACGUCUUCAUUGUUAACUGCGUCAUCAGCUACACAAUCAACCUCCUCUAAGUCCGCCUUCGGAGUGAUCCUCGCUCCCAGUAUAAAAAACCAACCGGUACCAGGAUCACUAUCACCGCUGCCGUCGACCUCUUACCAACCCAGUGCGGCAGCGUUAAUGUCUCACAUUUCCCCACUAACUCCAUCACCCACAGCGAUCGGACUGACGCACAAUAGUAGCACCAGCAGUAGCAGCUAUCUGCUUUCACCUCCUCCAAUGACGGGUUUUCCAGGUUCCUCUCCUGCAAUCAGUCCCGGGUUAUACGAUCCACUCACACAAGGCACCAAUACCAUCACCACGACGUCAUCAUUGCUACAAUCAUCAGCCGUGACCACUACCAAGACCGAACCGGAAAUAGUGUUAAGUCCAGCGAAAUUAGGACAGUAG